UAAGAGGUAUCGUAUCGCCGUGUAUAUUACCGAAGGACAGGACAGAGAACUGGGUCGAUAUUGCGGUCAAGCGGUUGGGGAAAGAUAGUUCGACCGCAGUGGGUCCGUUGUGAUCCUCGAGAGGUCAACAAUGAUCCGGCUGGAGUAAGUCCGUCACCGACGGAGAUGGGUAGAGUGACCAACGUGACCAAAUCAGCCCUCAAGGGGUAUCAAAGACAUCCGUCGCAGAAUCAGCAGCCACGAUAGAUCUCAUGGUCGAGCUUCUGGCAACUACCAACGGUCAGAUGCGGUCCCAUGAUCGAGACAGCCGAUGCAGGACCCUGAUCAAGCCCGGACAGCCAGUUGAGGCGUUCACCAGCCGUGGCCCACAGUAUAGAGUCAUAUCCAGCCGUCAUUCCUGUCCGUAUUUAAGAGAAGAAUAAAGUUUUUUUUGUCGUUUGGACACAAUCCACAGUGCAUGACGGAAGUAAAUGAUCCUCGAGGGUCAAAAGUCCCGAAGCCAAAGCAGCACGAAGAAACGUGACCCGCCGCCGAUGAUUGGAUGUUCUGCUUCUCGAGAUCCCAUCGCUCUCUGGCUCUCCUCCUACGCUUGGGAUCGCCCAUCUCUCCAUCUUCCUUGGAAGUAACGGAGUUUCGCACCUCGUUAGUUCGCUUAUCUGUUGUGGUAGUCAGGUACUACCCACCUCUCAACCUUCAAUUAACUCCGCCCUCCCCGCCAACCUGUCCUCUUGGCCCCAUUCCCAGGCAUCCAUCUCCUCCGUUCUCCAUUCUCCUAUGCCGCGUCGAUAGCCUUUAAGGCCUCGGUUCCCUCCUCUUCCUCCCCCUUCCCCCUCCUCGCUCAACCCCUUCUGCCCUGCCAGGGCAGUCCAGACCGCCAUGUCUACCUACCAAUCUCAUGCCCACGCCAAGCAGGGCCACGCUGCGGUCCCGCGACAGUUCCCCGCGUUUAACCCGGUCGCCGCUGUUAUCGCACCCGCGGGGACCUUUCUCCCCGGGACCAAGGUCCAGGUGGGCAGUCAUCGCGUGGUAGUGGAGAAAUACCUGUCCGAGGGCGGCUUCGCUCAUGUCUACGUGGUCCGGCUGCCACAGCCGGUCAACGGCACGGAGACAGCGGUGCUGAAGCGGGUCGCCGUCCCCGACAAGUCGGCUUUGGCCAGCAUGCGCACCGAGGUAGAGACCAUGAAGAAGCUCAAGGGACACCGGCAUAUUGUCAGAUAUAUCGAUUCGCAUGCCUCGCAAUUACAAGGCGGCGGAUACGAGGUCUUUCUACUCAUGGAGUAUUGCGGGGGUGGUGGUUUGAUUGACUUUAUGAACACCCGGCUUCAGAACCGGUUGACGGAGCCCGAGAUUGUCAAGAUCUUCUCGGACGUGGCCGAGGGAGUGGCUUGCAUGCACUACCUCAAGCCGCCUCUUCUCCAUCGAGAUCUCAAGGUGGAGAACGUCCUGAUCUCGCGCUCCCAAGGUUCGACCAUCUAUAAGCUGUGCGACUUUGGAUCUUCAGCGCCUCCAUGUCCGGCUGCUAAAUCGGCUGCCGAAGGUCGCUUGAUCGAGGAUGAUGUGCAGCGCCAUACGACAAUGCAAUACCGCAGUCCGGAGAUGAUUGACGUUUACCGGAAGCAACCAAUUGACGAGAAGAGCGACAUCUGGGCGCUCGGUGUGUUCUUGUACAAGUUAUGUUACUAUACGACUCCAUUCGAAGAGGUUGGACAAAUGGCCAUCCUCAACGCUAGCUACAAAUUCCCCGCAUACCCUCAAUUUUCGGAUCGAUUGAAGUUGUUGAUUGCAAUCAUGCUUAAGGAGAAUCCACAGAAACGCCCGAAUAUAUACGAGGUGGUCAAGGAGGUCUGCGACAUGCAAAAGAAGGAGGUGCCAAUUAAAGAUAUUUACUCAAAUCGGUCGAUCUCCGAAGUGCGACGGAAUCAGGAACUACCACCUACGCCAACGGAAGCACCUGCGGUGGGCGCUACAUUCUCCCCACCCAUGCAGGAGACCGAGAUCAUUCCCGAGAUCGCACCCAUGCGAAGAGGCCGGCCCGGAAAGCCUCAUUCGUCUGCACAUAGCUCGGCCAAACCCAGCCCUUCUCCAUACCGUGGUGGCUCCAAGACGUCAUCUCACGAUCCAUUUGCGGCAUUAGACGGAAAUUCAAAGAAGAAUGCGGAUGAGCUGUCGAACCGAUUUCCAACGCUGGAUCAGUUUGAUAUUCUGCACGAGAAGGGAGACAAAUUUGAGUUUGAGCCAACCGUCAAGGAAACGAAAUCGGAGGAUGAGGAUCUUUCGCAGAGACUCACGAAUGCGCUGGCAGACGAUGCUUUCGCACGAGCGGCCUCGCCAGAGCGACAAGUGCCUCCUGCAGAUCGGCGCUCGCAGAUCUCGCCCGUACGUUCACAGAAGCCCCAAGAGGUGUCUACUCGGCAGCAAGCUCCUCUAUACCAGCCCACCCCUAAGCGGCCAUCAAUGAUCUCUACCGGUACGAUGACGUCUCCUUCUCAAACACCACGUCUGCAAGAGCCGAAGAUUUCCAGUCGACCAAUCUGGCGCGUCCCGCCUUCCGAUGAGCGACGACCUUCCAGCCAGCCUUGGACGGAAGAGGAACAGAAACUCUCAGGAUAUAAGGCUCCGUCCCCACCAUCGGCCACUUUGAGACCGGAAGCCAGCCCGCGCCUGUCUUCUGAUCGGUUGUCCAACCACUCUACUUCUGCGCGUCCCUCCAUGGAGACCCUACGACGGCCGUCCGGUUUGGAAGCAACUGAUCCAGUGGGUCGAUCCAAAUCUGCUAUCGGGAAGGCGCGCCCCGUCUCCGUUCAAGCUUCAUCUCGUUACGACCUCCCGCGUGACUCGGAGACGUCACGCUCGUCUCUGGAUCUCUCGCACCUGAAAUACGAAGGUGGCGCUCCCCUCAGAACGGUGCGCACGGAGAUUGAUCGGGACUAUGAGCGAGCCAAAAUUUCCUCGGAUGUGGACUAUUUGCGUGCAAAGGAAGAGGAAGAAAGCAACCGUAAGCGUGAAAAACGGUCGAGCAGCGGUGCGAAACACGCCAAGCGAGGAAGCUUGUCCUCUCUGUCACUGUCUGGAAGCAAGACCCUGUUUGCCGGUCGUUUCGGCGAGGCAUUCCGCCGCUUCGAGAGUACAAACCAGGAAAAGUCCUCCACUUCGACAGCGGAAGAGAAUCCUCAGCACCAGGCGUCCUUGAUUGGGGAUUCAGAAGUUUUGAAUUCUUCGCCAAACGAGGGGCUCUCGUCGUAUGAAGAUGAUGUUUUGGAAGAUGUGGACCGCGAUGACAUCUCUCCGGAAAUGCGCCGCGAACUCGAGCGCCGUCGGCUCUCCCAGGAAGAGAAACGCGUUGCCAAUGCUGCAGCGGACUAUAGGCGACGGGUCGCCGAAGGCGAUGGGAGCGGCCAGCAUCGAUCUCGCGCGAUUUUGAAUCGGGUGCAGAAUUUCAUUGGGGAGUCCAACAAGCCCCCGGUGGCUCCCAAGACCGCAACCGGGUAUGGGAAAUACACCGAUGCCAAUGCUUUGCAGGCAAAGCCAGGUGGCAGUAACAGUCGUCCCUCCUCAUCGGGCACGCUCCCCAUCUCGCGUACCCCCGGGCCCAUUUAUGGUGCUCGCGAAGGGACCAUGGCCCCUCCAGACCGUCGUGAAGAUGCCAGUGCCCCUGCAGGUCUAUCUCAGUCUACCACCACCAAUGCUCCAGGAUACCCAUCUGCUCGUCCCCCAUCACGACCUACGGCCCCACCGAAGCCGAAGAACCUGCGCGUUGGCGGACAGGACCCAUCCCGGGCUGUACUAACAAGCCACGACCGCAGCCCCUCCGUAGCGACACCGACCAGUCCGGGAGGAGAAGACUGGGAAGCGAAUUUCAGCCGGCGGUUCCCAAGCCUGUCUGGCCUAGAGAUGGAAACGGAAAUUGAGGUACCGAAAUACCCCAAGCUUAGAACCCGGGAGGUUUGAGAGGGGUGUACAUUCCUCGCUGUCGAUAGAUGUGUUUUGUUUUCUGGUUCGAUGUGUCGCGGUUCUUUAGCGUGUUUCUCCUAGAUCGGGGGUUCAGCCCGCGGGGAGUGUAUGAUGUCUUGUUGAGGUGAUGCAUAUAGAGAGAAGUGCCAUAUGAUUCAUUCAAGUCGAGCUCCUAUCUCGAUAAACCUUAUCUCUAGCAAGAAAGAGAAAGGAAACAGAUGUCGUCUUCUCGAGUUCCUACCUAUUCCAUAUCUGCUCCUUCGUCUUCGGUGCUCGUUCCUGGACCCAAGAAUCGCCAUCGAGCUUUUCCAGAACCCAUUAAAUCACCACUCUCUCGGCUUUGUUUCAUUGGCCUAGAAAGCUUUUAGCCAUCUUCUGAGUCUGCCGCGGUCUAUAGCCAUGUCGUCCUGCUCGAGUAGGGCCUUUAUGAACGUCCCAGGGCGUGACCCAUACACCUUCGUCCACGCUUCUAUCCCAUUGGGCCAAUACUGUGGUUGUUCGAGAAGUAGCCACUCAUCGCCCGGCCUUGAUGCCUUCACUGGAUCGCCGACUUCCCCGUCACCCUCAAGAACUCAUUCUGCAAAUGCUCCCAUAUCUUCUGAUGUAUCCCGUCUCGUCUGAUCCCACUCAAAACAUUUUGCACAUUUGCAUCGCCGCUUUCACACACCUCAUCUACGAUAUACACACCGCUUCCCACAGCCCCGUCACUACCGAUGGCAACCUCUGUCCCACCUAGCAAACCCCCAGACUGUGUCUUUGACGAAAACCUGGAACUCGUCGCCAAAAAACAGUGUCUCUCACCGGUCUCAUCAAGAGAAACGUACACCUUCGUGGAAAAUAAGCCUGUGAACCAGAAUACCGAUCUCAUGACUGCCCCCGUCGCUCCUUUCAUCGAUUUUGCAAGCGGCGUGGCCACAAAACCGGGGUAAUUGUGCACGAAGCUUACACCCGGAGCCAAUUCGGAGGAACGCUCCAGCGUCAGGGUAAUCAUUGAGCAAAGAUGUCCGCGAGCUUUCCAAGGAAGGACCUUCUUGCCGGGGAUAUCAGUGGGAUUGACGGGUCCCUCUUUCGUGCCGGCUAGGACGGUGACGACUCGGCCGAGGGAUGAUCGUUGUAGCCAGGGGAGUAGAUUGGCGAUGAAUCGCAUGCGAGAGUAGUAACUCAGUGCCAUGAUUAGGGGCAGACGUUCGGAC